AUGGAAGAUCUAGUCAAGAAGAAACGAGUGAGAGGAGGCCACAGAUCGUCAGCUAAAAAGCUUGUGGCGAAGAUAGUUGAAAAGCUUCAAAGUGAGAGCCCAGACAAAGACAUACUAUGGUUGCGACAGAGCCAAACGAACUUGAAAGAAAAAAUCAAGACGAUAAGACAAUUCGACGAACAAAUAAUCGACAUAAUCAGCGCAUCGAAAGAGGAAGACGUCGAUGAACUUGUAACGCAAGAAAUUGAAGACUCAGACAACGCGAUAGCGGAACUGGAAAGAAUAUUACUCGAGCUCGAGGACGAAUUAUGUAAAUUGAGACAAAGCACGCCAUUGUCAGUGUCGACAACGCAGAACGCCGCGGAUGCAAGCCUUAAUCAGAGUCAUUUGUCAACCUCCAGCGAUAUGUCAGUCGGUAAAAUCGUUCGAGCUAAGCUCCCGAAACUUGAACUCAGAAAGUUUAACGGAAAGAUUUGCGAAUGGCAGGAGUUUUGGGACAGCUUUUCAAGUUCAAUCGAUAACAAUGAGCAAUUGUCUGAUGUCGAUAAAUUUGCGUAUUUACGCGGUCUGUUGGAAGAACCAGCAAAGUCAACAAUCGCUGGGUUUUCUCUGACAGAAGCAAAUUAUAAGUCAGCAGUAGAACUCUUAAAGAAACGAUUUGAUAAAAAGAGCGCAGUGCAGCGAGCACACGUGAACGAACUGAUUCAAUUGUCGCCGGUAUUCAAGGAAAGAGACACGCGAGGACUUCGCCAUUUAUAUGAUAGCUGUGAAGCACAUAACCGCGCGUUGAAAGCACUGGGGGUGAGCGAGGAAUCUUACUCCAGUAUUGUUGUUCCAGUCAUCGUCGAGAAACUACGGGAAUCAUUUCGGUUGACGAUUACCAGAGGAACAGAUUUUCUACAAUGGUCGAUGGAAGAAAUGCUGGAUGCAUUUGUAAAAGAAUUGGAACUGAGAGAAGCACAUAAUGCCGUGGGAACGACUGCAAUAGUAAAUAUGGAACGAGAGCAACAGCGUCAGCGAAAGAACCCUUAUACUGCUGCUGCACUCUUGGCGAAUGAGAAACGAAAAAACUGUUGUGCCUUCUGUCUGAAACAACAUGCCCACGAAGACUGUCCAGGAGUAAGGGAUCCAAAAACUCGUAAGACUUUAGCACGUAAGUUUGGUAGAUGUUUUAAAUGCUUAGAUAAAGGCCAUAGGGCUAAUAAUUGUAGUGUAUCAACCAAGUGUAAGAAAUGCAAUGGCACACAUCAUGUUGCCCUGUGUGAUAAUGACAACAAAGAAACUAUGCAUGAGGAAAUAAGUAAAGAUAUGAGUAAACAAGACCCUAAAAUUUAUGUAUCUAGUCCUACCAAUUUGCAUGUAGGAAUUGGUGGCCUGGUUGCCUUGCAAACUGCGCGCGGGGUUUUAAGGGGAGAAAGGGAGGCUAAGGUCCGGGUACUGUUUGACGCGGGAAGUCAUCGCUCCUUUGUGACUUCGAAAGCAGCUAGUCUCGUUGAUCCCAAGGGUUUAAGACGGGAAUUGUUAGGCAUUAAUACGUUCGGUCAGAAAUGUACCAGGUCCGAACAAAGGGAUGUGGUCGAAUUAAAGCUUAAACCUCUGCAUGGGGAUAAGGUCAUAACUGUAGAAGCUUAUGUAGUACCAGAAAUUUCCAGUAUACAAAAUGCACACAUAGAAUUAGCACGAAAGGAUUACCAACACUUGAAGGGCACAUGGUUUUCUGAUGUUUGUAGCCAGGAAGUUUUAGAAAUAGACGUUCUCAUAGGAGCAGAUUAUCUUUGGCAGUUUCAAACAGGUGUUACCAGGCGAGGUAGACCGGAGGAUCCAGUAGCUGUUGAAACAGAGUUAGGUUGGGUUUUGUCAGGUCCUCUUAGAGCAAGGGACAUAGAAAGGGUUGGAGUAGCUCAGGUAAAUUUUGUAGCACAGAUAGGUAAUCAGGAGUGGAACAAUGAUAGUUUAGAGAGUAAUGUGCAAAGGCUUUGGAGUUUGGAAGGGUUAGGCAUAAUUGACGAGGAUAGUGUUCAUGAGGAAUUUUUAGAUGGCGUGACCUUCACAGGCAGUAGAUAUUCCGUGAAACUGCCCUGGAAGGAAGGCCAUGACAAGCUUUCAGACAAUUACGGGAAUAGUCUAGCGAGAAUGAAGAGCCA